AUGCACGCGUCUUGGGCAUUUCUACUCGAGCUUUUGAUCUCGGCCAAUGUGGCAACUGGAUCUCCAGUCCGCCAUGAUCAAGAAGCCGCGACUGUUCCAACCAUAGGGGGCAACCAUUCUGCCACUACAACGCCCUUCUGGAAGCAAUACAAUUAUUGUCAGGGCCGUAACAUUGGUGCGACCUGGAGCCCACUCAAAAAUGCGCAUAUGGUCAAAUUACAAGUCAUGCAUCGUCAUGGAGGCCGAUCCCCUGGGUCGACGCCCAUCCCAGGCGACACAACAAAAUGGUACCAGUGCGGAAAUCCGGACGAGUUUGCUUUCAUGAAUAUGGGCGAUACGAUCUCAGAUAACAGAUCGCCAUUCAUGAAAGAGAUGGCCAGUAUCGAUGGUGCUUUUGCCUAUACCAUGUGGGAAGGAGACUGCGAUUUGGGAGAAUUGACAACAUUCGGCUCUCAUCAACUGCAGAGGCUCGGAGUCACGCUUCGCUCGACCUAUGUUGAUGACCUCGGCUUUCUGCCAAAGAAGAUGGACCCGGGCUUUAAGAUCAGUCACACCUACAUUUGGCGUACACGAGAAUCGGUCGAAAAUUUGAUGAACGGCUUCUACCCUCUUGAUACCAGGGCCCCAGGCGACACAUUGACUAUGCAUGUCAAACCAAGCGCAAUCGAGACAAUGGUCUACCCCUCGAGCGCUUGCCCCAAGCUUGCUAAGUUGAUAUCUGCAUACUCUACCUCUUCAGCCUAUGAAGAAACUCUCGCCCCAUACACAGCUCUUCAAAACAAGCUUGUGAAUGCUUAUAACACCACGGGUCUGGCUAGCUAUAACACCACACAAGUCUUGUACGAUCCAGCAUCGGCCGCCUAUUGCCAUGGCCUUGGAUUGAAGGGAAAUCUUACUCCGGAGGAUAUCCAAACGGCAGUGAUCCCAGGCACAAGCUUGUAUCACAAUCUCUAUCGUCAUAACCCGUCUGCUGAACUGGCAAAGCGUUUGAGUGUCGGUGCCUGGUUGGCGGAUAUUUUGACCUCUCUGUCCGAUCGCAGCACUAAAUUGGAAGUCUAUUCAGCCCAUGAUGCCAGCUUGGACAUGUUUCUGUCGGUUGUGGCGGAUCCGGACCUGCCAUGGCCACCGUUCGGAUCGAAUGUCAUAAUCGAGUUGUGGCAAAAGACCAACGGAAACCAGGUGGUGAGAAUGUUUUACGAGGGAAUGGUUGUGCCAGCGCAUCCUGACUUGGAUUGCGACUUCUCAGCAUGUCCGCUGGAUACACUGACAACGUUUUUCAAGAAAUACAUCCCCACCGACUUCAAGGCUGAAUGCACUGUCUAG